AUGGUCACGGCCUCCUGCUCGCCGGGGAGUGAGAGAGGCUGCUUGCAGCCUAUUCAGGCCCUUCAAUCUCAGCCGUUGGCUCGAUCCGACGGCGGCGAAGGCAAAGCAUGGCUCCCGCCGGCCGCCGCCGCCGCCGCCGCUGCAGCCAUGGCGUCCGCCGCCAAGGUCCAGCGUGUCAUGACCCAGCCCAUCGUAUGCUACCUCUCCGCCGCCUUCCGCUCCGCGCUCGUCUGCUCUUCUGAUUUUCGUAUCGUCGUGCUGUUCCUAAUCGUCGGCGGCAGAACCUCAUCUUCAGGUUCCUCCAGAGCAAAGCGUGCAUCUAGAUUUGGCUGUUCGAGCAGAAGGAUCUCCGGAUUGAGGCCGCAUCGUCGAUUCGAUGAGUACAUGACCUUGGUCCUCGAUGAUGCUGAGGAAAUCAACGUCAAGAACACUAGGAAAUCACUGGGCUAGUAAAACAUGCAUACCUGGAAAAUUGUUCCCCCAUCACAUGCACCAAAGUCCAAAGAACACUGGCAAGCGAAGAUAGUUAUGGCAGGAAUGAUGGUUGGCCCUUGCCUUGAGUAUCUGUGACACAUUGUACUCCAUCCAUCCAGACUGAGGCCUUGUUUAGUUCCCCAUCCAAAAAGUUUUCACCCAUCACAUCGAAUGUUUGGACACAUGCAUAGAGUAUUAAAUAUAGAUAAAAAAAUAAACUAAUUACACAGUUUUGUUAGAAAU